AUGAGGUGGGCGUGGCCGCGGCUGGGCGGGGCGCGGGCUGGCCCCCGGGCGUGCCCGCCCAGCGGUGGCGCGCAAUUCGCCGCGGUCUCCUGCCGCUCAGUCGGCCUCACGACGCGACGACAGCUGCUCAUCCCCGCGCGGCCUCAGCGCUCCGCUCGCUCGGCGGAAACCCAACUUCGCGCGCUUCCGGUGCGAUUUCCCGCUCGAUCUGGUUUCCGCUCGCGGUUUGUUUGUGGUACAGUUGCAAGACAAACUUUCAGGAAGAGCUACAGCUUCCCUUCAACAACGUCGCACCACCGCACGCACGCUAGACAAAUUCCAGCGAUUGUUGCACCUAUCGCUUGCGUGGGGCUCGCGGGCACGAAAGGUUUUAGCGGCGGCAUUAAAAACCAGAUGAGAUGUGAAAAGCGUUUCCCGCAAAUGAUGCUAAAUGAUCGCUUCAAACGGGCGUCGGUGCCGCGCGGUCUCUACGGUCUC